AUGGUGUCGUUCUCUUGCGAGAACUGCGGCGAUGUCCUGACCAAGAAGAAGCUCGAUCCUCACCGAAAUCAAUGCCGUGGCGCAUCCUUCACCUGUCUUGACUGCAUGGUACACUUCUACGGCACGGAAUAUCGAUCACACACCUCAUGCAUUAGCGAAGCACAGAAGUACCAGGGCGCACUCUACCGGGACAAAAAGGGUGGUAACAAGCGGAAGUCCAUCAACGGUCACCAGGACAACGACGACUCGCAAGCGAUGAUACCAAGGAAUGCAUAUGUGGAGGAUGCGCCAGAAGGCGAGGACAGCCAGGCUGUGGCGAUAGUGGAUGUGCCUCCGAGAGCGCCUACACCACCACCGGCGCAUCAGGCCUUGCCCGAGAAUAUCAAUGUUUUUGACUUUCUGGUUACGGAUGCGACACCGACUGCAUCACGAAAAGGGCUAGAGGCGCCAGGCGGUAGCAGGAUGGUGCAAGAGAGCGUACACUAUGCCAACGGCAACGGCGAGUCGCAAUACUCGCAAUUCUCCACAGGCGAUGGAUCGCAGUUUGCACAAUCCGGCUGGUCGUAUGGCAAUGCGCCGGUGCAUGCAACAUUUGAACGUUACGAUUCUUGGCAGAAUAUGACAGACUCGCAAGGCUCACAGGCAUUGAUGCCACCACCACCGUACACGACUCCCGGGCCUAGAAGCGAUAGGCCUGAUAGGAAGGAGCGCAAAUCGGAGAAGAGUGAUAAGAAGAGGAAGAGGCAGCAUGUUGAGGAUCUGGACUUGUCUUCUUCGAAGCGGCCAAGCUCGAGAGGUAAUGAGAUGGUUUUGGACCCGGCAUCCCAUGGUCCGGCAGGACGAGUGCUGCAUUCUGGCUUGACUGGAGGCCUGACACGACUUGUGACCGACCCGGACUUCUAUGAGGAUCGCAUCGAUGCUGGACCAACGCCGAUAAGCCCGCUGAAGCGCUCCAAGCACGAGAAAGAUAUCAAGGAUGCGCGACGCAAGUCGAGCUACACAUCCUACAGCACGGCGAAAUCGACGUCGAGCAAGCACUCGGACGAUAAACAUCUUCGAGCUCGUAGUAAGGAUCGAAGUGAAAGCAAGUCGUCCAAGCAUCACCACAGGAGUCGACGAGGCUCCUCUUCUUCGCCAGAAAGCAGACAUAGGUCCUCGAAGCGAGAGUACAAGGCCAUCGACUACCCGGAUCGCCCACAGUCUGUCCAACCUUCUUCAGCAAAUCAAAUGGUUGCUUAUCAUUCCAACGCCGAAUUAUUCAUGUCUUUCAUCACGAAAGGACCGGACAGCGAACGAGGAUUGUCGAUUAAUAAAGCAUUGAAGCGAUUCCAUCGUGAGCUUGAUACACGGAGUGGCGAGAAGGAGGAAGAGGAUAAGAAUUUGUGGAAGUCGCUCAGGUUGAGGAGGAACGAUAGGGGUGAGAUUGUGUUGUUUGUGUGA